UCGCGCUUGAAUUCAAAUUGUUAGCUGGUCAUUUCUGCACCCACAAAUGGACUAUAAUUGGAUUAGUCUGUGGCGGCUAACUUUCAGUCUUCUGUGUGCGCUUUGCUAACUAGAUAGUGCUAUUUCAUCAUAUUGUUGCACUAGCACGACAUGGGAAUGCAUUUUCAAAAACUUUUUUGUGUUGGCGCCAUUGUCAUUGGCUGUUUCUCGGCAUUGUUGUUUAUUGUUUGUAAAUUACAUGAAGAAAACAUUCCAAAUGUAUUAAAACUUGAGAGGAUUGAACUUGCGUUUGAUUAUGUUAUUGUUGGCGCUGGCACAGCUGGUUCUACACUUACCUCUCUGCUGGCCAAGCAUAGCAAUAAAAGUGUGCUGCUUAUCGAGGCUGGUGGCUCCUUCGGCUAUCUCAGUCGAAUCCCUCUGCUAACAACAUUUCAACAAAAGGGCAUCAAUGACUGGUCUUUUCUUUCGGUGCCUCAGAAGCACUCGUCCAAAGGAUUGCUUGAGCAACGUCAGUGUUUGCCAAGGGGCAAGGGCUUGGGUGGAUCAGCCAAUCUAAAUUAUAUGUUACAUUUCGAUGGACAUGGUCCGGACUUUGAUUCAUGGCAUAAGCUGCACAACAUAAGUGAUUGGAGCUGGACAGACGUGAAACCUUUUAUGAUUGCUGCCAAAUCUAAGAAGGAAGAGCUUUUUGAAAUACCGCGCACAUACUCCUUGUUAUCGGAAGCUUUGGACGAAGCAGCGAUGGAAUUGAUUCAUGAACCUUGGCAAUUUCGACGCUCUGUUUACAACAUAAAGAACGGCCUGCGCCAUUCGGUGCUACAACAAUUUCUUUUUCCCGUAAUCAAUAACGCAAAUCUUCGUCUGCUUCCCCAGGCACUAGUAAAGCGUAUAAAGCUGUCAUCAGCGUCCAAUCCAAAAGCCAGCUCCGUUCUAGUGGGCAUCAAAGAUGAGCACAACAAAGAGCGCGAGUUUACUAUAAAAGUUCGACGUGAGUUGUUGCUCUGUGCGGGUGCGUACCAAAGUCCGCAACUGCUUUUGGCCUCUGGGAUCGGUGACACCAAAAUGUUGAAGCAAGUGGGACUACCCGUGGAACAUCACUUGCCAUUGGUGGGUCAGGGAUUACACGAUCAUUUUAAUGUGCCCCUAUUUGUUUCUAUAGGCAUUAUCGGACCUACUCUUAAUCAGCGCUCGCUGCUUAGUCCCAUUAACCUGUUUAACUAUUUGAAUUCAGGCACUGGUUCCUUUGGGAAUUUUGGAGUUCUUGGACAUGUAGCUGGCUACGAGGAACCGACGCCUUUUGGCAUUACCUUCUUUGGCGCUGGCGCCAUAGACGAAACUGCACUCAUGUCUAUUUCGAACUUCAAGCGUUCGGCAUUUCGGGCACUUUUCCCACGCUAUCAUAAUGCUUCUCAAGAAGGUUUUGUUGUCAUCUCCAGCUGUUUGCAACCGAGAUCUAGGGGCUCUGUUUCACUGCUUCAUAAAACGAUGCGAAGGAAUCCCCUAAUUGAUCCGAAUUAUUUAAGCAACGAUCAUGAUGUGGCUUGUACCAUCGCAGCCAUAAGAAAUGCUGUAAAGGUUGUGACAUCCUCCGCUUUUAGUAAAUUAAGACCUCAUAUUCAUUGGCCCAAACUGCAGGAGUGUGCUAACUUUGGACCAUUCAAGAGAGAUUUUCUUGAACACCAACCAUCGGACAAUUAUCUGGAAUGUCUUAUGCGUCACAUAGGUCUGGGCUCACAUCAUCCAGGCGGCAGUUGUGCUCUAGGCGGAGUCGUCGACUCGCAAUUAAGGUUGCAUGGAAUAUCCAACGUACGUGUUGUCGAUGCUAGUGUAUUGCCUCGGCCAAUUUCCGGAAAUCCAAAUACUGUCAUUGCGGCUAUUGCCAUGCGCGCAGCGUCGUGGAUACUAAAAAGCGAGCUCCAAAAUGAUUGAAUUAAAAAAAUAUCUUUGUGAAUACUAGCUAAUGGUUAUUUCCAAAUUUGUUAUUAC